AUGGAUGAACUCCCACUAGCCAUCCUCUCCGACAUCCUCUCGAGAGCCUCAGGCGAGUCGCUGCUGCAACACCGGAGCGUCUGCAGGCGCUGGCGAGAAGUCGUCGAUGAUCCCUACUUCCGCAACUCGUUGCACCGCUUGAAAGAACGAGCGCUUCUGUACCACGAGUAUAAAAAAGAGGAGAUCUAUCUCAUGAAGAUACACGAGGAAGCGCCGGUGGCGGCGCAGAUCGAGCUAGGUAAGUUCCCGGAACUGAGUGGCUACGCGAUCCAAGGCACCUGCAAUGGUUUGCUCCUUUUCGAGCACAGCACUGAUGCCGAGAGUAAUCCUGAGCUCCUGAUCAAUCCCUUUACUCGAGAAGUCCUGGAACUGUCGAGAGCACCUGAUCUUUCGCCGGGCAUGCCUGUUUAUGGGCUGGGGUUCGAUUGCACUACCAACGCGUACAAGAUGGUACAAAUCGAUGCGAUCAACUUUGAUAAGAAGACCCACACCGGCACGAUGCGGGCUCGAAUCUACGACUUCAACAAGCGAUCGUGGAGGACCUGCGAAGCCCCGCCGCUUCCUCACUGCACCGGUCCUUGUCACGAUUUUGUCUUUGCUUCUGGAGCUCUGAACUGGUUCCUGAAGACCAACUCGCUGUCGUUCCGCCGGUUGGCGAGGACGAUGCUCUCCUUCGACCUCGUCAAGGAGGAGUUCAGCUUCAUCCCGAUCCCGGACGACUUCUCUGAAUGGGGCGACUUCAACGUGGGGACACAAAUGCAGGAGCUGGGGGGAUCGCUGGCGCUGGUCCAUCGUCCGGACAACACGCACAUCGACGUGUGGGUGCUCAGGGACUACAUAAGACGAGAGUGGACCAGGAAAUACAGGAUCCGGCUGCCGCAGUGGCUGCCGCACGACAGCGGCAGCCAUUACCUGGUAGGCGCGUACAGGCACGACAAGCUUAUUCUCCAUUGCAUGCGGAACGUGUAUUUGUACGAUGUGAACAAGGGUAGAUUCACGAGUUGUUGGACCGAGGCGGAUCCUUGUUAUGCGCUUUUCUGGUACGAGCCUCUAAGCCUUGUUUCUCUCAAGUAUGGUGACGCCACUGGACUAUAG